AUGUCGGCGUUCUCUUUUGAAAACGGCGUGUACUCUACGCCACCGGAGACCUUCCUGGUUAGCGCGUACGGCAACUUUUGCAACUUCUACCGGAGCCUGAUCACGCACGUCGGCGCCAAUGAAGACAGGGACUACUACGCGGCAUGGCUAGAGCAACAACAGCUGAAGCUGGCGAAAGGGUCGGCGCGGAGCCGGAGACGUUCCAUCGACCUUUACACCAGUGGUCGGCCGGCGAGAGACGAAACGUUUAUCGUGGAACGACUCCUCGAGUCGGUCGACACUCGACUGAGUGACCAUCACAUUCUCGUGUACACGGACGACAUCAUGGACGCGAUCGAGAGCAACACGUCGAUUGUGGAGGUUUCGGCGUACAGCCAGACAAGCUCGUGUCGGUGCAGACUCUUCAACUGCUUCUCGAAAAGGUCUGUGUCCAUUACAUCGUUGGACCUGACUGGGCGGGCUUGUAUCGAUUCCACUCAAACCAUCGCCGACUCCUGCGUGCACGACCUGAAGAGGUUGUCGCUUUCGACAGGAUGUUCUGAUCAGGAGAUGGACGGGCUCACCAUAGCCCUGGUGUGCGAUGCGGUGGCCGAAGCCGGGGCCGACGGCCUGAUACGUGCGCUCGAGACGUGUCCCAUUUCCUCCCUGCGCAUCGACGGCACGAUCUUCGACAUACCUUGCGUGCCGGGAAUGGUGCGCGUUUUGCCCGAGCUGCAAGCGACCGACGUCAAGCUCACGCAGUGUGACUUUGAUAAUUGGGGGAAACCCGUGUUCGAUGCAUUGUUUUCAAACGAGAACAUACGGUGGCUCGGCGUCUCCUCCACCAAGAUCGGCGAUGGGAGCGUCGGCGCGCUGGUGGACAUGGUGACGCGCGGAACGCUGACUCGGCUGGCUAUUGGCAACUAUGGCAUGGGGAGAGGGGGCAUCCGUCGCGUUUUGGAGGCGACGACGCACGCUGGCAGCAACGUGGUGUUCAUCAGCAUCUUCGACAACGACAUUGACGUUCCAUCCAUCUUCGAGGGAUUGGGCAAAACUUCGCUGACGGGAAUGCACGUCGGCGAACUGAGUAACUGCAACACAGCGAUCGCUAACUUCGUGGCCGACACGCAGUGUGACAUUGACACCAGUGACGCCGACGACUGCUACAACGGCGGGGGUGGUGUGUUUCCCUGGCGCACGGAGUCACGCGUAGUUUAUGUCACAGGAGGAGUAUUUGGAGAGUUGAUAAUUAAAUACUUUCUACGACACACUUCUUGUCAUCGGAAACAAAACUACUCCCUUAUUGAUACUCUACGCCGCCAAUGGAAAUAG